GUCAGCAGUCAAUAAGUUUUUACCAAGGAUGUAUCAUGGUCAUAUCAUCCUCUUCCUGGUACGAGCGUGUUGACACAUUACACCUAGUUUGGGUAGUAAAAACAAGCGGCUGAAGCGACUGUUUGGCAAAUGGCUCGGUUUUCAAGUGGAAAGACAGUCCUGCGAGAGGAAACGCAGCCAUCAAGAAACGUUUGACAUUUGGUUUGUCACGCGCCGUUGGACUUAUUUCCAGUUAUUACAAGAGUUGGAGAUCCAUUGCACGAGGAAACAGAGACAAGUUUACAAUGAAGGCACUCGCGAUAAGGUGACUGAAAGCCAUUGCUGUUGUAUUCCAAAGUCUUUUUGUUUGUUUUUGUUUUUCUAAAAAAAAUGAGGUUUCGGCUGCUCAAAAGGAAUCUGCUCGCGCUGUUGGGUGUUUCCUUUAUAGUUGCGACUCUCCUGUUUUCUACACGUGUAUUAUUAGUUUCCGAUAAUGACACAACUGGACCUAGUAAGGUCGUUCCGGGAAACCAGGGCACGCAUUCUGAUGACAUGGCGAAGUUUAAGUUUGGUUCGCUUCCAGAAUUGACUCAGUCCGUUUACAAUGCCAAUUACAAGCAGUGUAUUCACAAUGUGGAUAAGUUUCCAGGGGAGCCUCAACUGGUGCUGCUUGUGCAGGUCCACAACAGGCCUGAAUACCUCAGACUGCUCAUAAAGUCACUGGAGAAAGCUGCUGAGGUCCACAGCUUCCUCCUUAUCUUUAGCCAUGAUUACUUUUCAGAGGAAAUGAAUGCCAUUGUGCAAGGGAUAACUUUCUGCAAAGUCCUGCAAAUUUAUUUCCCCUUCAGCACUCAGCUAUAUCCCAAUGAGUUUCCUGGAAAGGAUCCACGGGACUGCCCACGAGACAUAUCCAAGGACAAUGCUCUCAAAACAGGAUGCCUCAACGCAGAACACCCUGACUCCUAUGGACACUACAGGGAGGCCUUCAUCACUCAGACCAAACACCACUGGUGGUGGAAAUUGCACUUUGUGUGGGAGCGAGUGCAGGCGAUGCAGGGCUACAGCGGCUUUGUAAUCUUCCUGGAGGAGGACAACUACAUCUUACCUGACUUUUUCCAUUUUUAUAAAUCAAUGAUUGAGUUAAGGAAGAGCAAAUGCCCAGAUUGUGACAUGCUGGCUUUGGGUAACCACAACAGCCUGACUGAUUUCACCAGACUGUCCAAUAAAGUGUUGACAACUGGGUGGAUGUCCACUAAACACAACAUAGGCAUGGCCAUCUCCAGGGAGAUGUACUACAAACUGAUGGGCUGCAAUGAAGAAUACUGCACCUAUGAUGACUAUAACUGGGACUGGACUCUGCAGCGCCUCUCGGGAACCUGCAUAUCAAAGGCCAUCAAAGUGCUUGUGGCACAGGGCUCCAGGGUCCUCCACACAGGAGACUGUGGCCUUCACCAGAAGGAGAACUGCAGGCCAGAAUGGGCUGCGCAGAAGGUUGAAGAGAGCCUUAAAACAGCCAAGGACGGCCUCUUUCCUCCAUCUCUCGACCUUACUGCUGCAGAAGCAGUGGAGCACAAGGCUCACAUGAAGAACGGAGGAUGGGGAGAUAUUCGAGACCAUAUUCUAUGCAAUAACUACGCCAAACGUCUUUGAACUGUAACUUUUCUAUAAUAAUUAUGGACAAAAUGUUCAUUGGUAUUCUGCAGAUGUGCCAUUCAUACAUUCAGGGUUUUAGAUGCUGCAGUGGGUUGCCUUUUCACUUAGGGCUGGGCAAUAUGGAAAAUGUAAAAUAUCACAAUAUUUUUGACCAGAUACCUAGAUAUUAAUAUUAUGAUGGCAUUGUGGGGUUGUCUUAUUGCUUUUUGAUAAAUAAUCACUCGCGUUGUGAAUAUUAGGUGUAAAGAGAGCUCAUUAUAUGUAUCUUCAUUCUUUCAACCAACAAAAUGAUUUGUCUCUGUAUCUGUAUUCAGAUAUAGUCUGGGAAUUGGCGUGGUUUAUACCAGAAGUGAUGUUUAAUUUGACAAAUAUUGUAUAUCCUAACCUUGUGUUCAUAGAAAAUGCAAUUUUUGCACCUUCAAAGCAUCAGAUUAAUUUAAUAUUGGCUUACAAUCUAUUAUAAAGUGUAUUUACAUAACCUCAUACUGUACUUUUAGUUAUUUUAAAACUGGCUGGUACACAGACAUGUUGAUGAUCUUUUUUCCUGAAUAACAAACUACUUUGGAUAGAAAAAAAAACAUCUGUUUCCGUCACAUUAUAUUUGCUUUCCUGAAUAAAGUAUUCAGACUCGGGUCCAUCCCGAGUGGAUAAAAUGACUCAGUAGGCAAAGGCAAUUAAUGGAACAGCUAGAACAGUCUGUGGAGUUCAGAAAAUUACAUAACUUCAUUGCAAUGCAGUAUUUAAAACCAGAAACAGACAACACUUAUGCCAUGAUAUCCAAAUCUAAGACAAUAUCUCAUGAUGUAAAUAUAAUAUCGAUGUAUUGCCCUAUUUUCACUUGGAAAUAUUCUCUUCCUGCAAGGUCUUCCAAUGGUUAGUACCAAUCAUGUCCAAAAAUGCUGCAUGUACACAGCUAGACUUCAGCUUGUUUUUAGGUUGUUGUUGUUUUUUUAAUCACCAAAGCUGCACAUUUGCCAAAGACUUUCUCCAUGUUUGUGUUGUGUAUAAUGCAAGCUCAGUCAUGCUGUUUAAUUUCACCAGGUUCGUUUAUCUCUGGGUUGUCACGCAAGCCAAAACAUGAGCAUAGUGGUGGGAAAGUAAACUUUAUCAGAAUGUGCACAUACUAGCUAAUUUGCAAAUGUAUUUCUAUUCACAAGAAGUUCAAUGUGUUAGUGUGUGGUGACUGUCACUGCUACAAUGCUUCUUACAUGUGCUUUUGAUGGUACGAUUUUAAGUGCAACAACAAAAAGGCAAAAGUACUGUACACACAAGGCUCAAUCAAUAUGUGUAUGACAAUCACAAGAAAGUUGUAGUUUAUACAACAACUGCCUCUCCGACUGUUGAAUUUAGGGUCAAAGUAAUUUCAUGCACAUAAUAAACCAGGGGUCUUUUCCUUAGAGGUGAGGUCACCUGACACCACUUACCUAAUCAGUUUCCUCACUGUAUUGACCUCUGGUUGCAACACGAGCCGGCUUUAUUGAUUUUUUUUUUUUCUGAUAGUGACUGUAUUUGCUUUCUGAUGGGUAAAAAGUGACCUUUUGGAAUCUUGUUCACAUAUGUUUGUUCUGCAAACACAAGGGUCAUCUGUGAUUCUAUUUUACUAUGUGUGCACCUUUUGCGUUAGAAUUUAUUUUGGGAUAUAACAUUUAAAUGAGAACAUUAUGAGUUGCAUUGAAAUUUUAAGAAAAGGUGUUGCUGUUCUUUUUUUUAAAUUCAUCAAGUAGUUUUUAUAUAUCACUACAGGUGACGUUUCCUCCUUACAGUGUGAAACUGAGAAAAUUAACACAUCCAUAUUGAUGCUAUCAUUGCCUUAAAACUGACCAAAAGUGCCUUUUGAUUGUUACUUUGUGCCUGAACUUGUUUAAAAAGAAAACUAUGGGGCAUUUAUAACAUUGUUGAUGACCAUCCAUGCACUUGUCAGUGCUGGGUACACAGAGUUCACCUGAUGUAUAUUUUUGAUUGUGUCUUUCUUCAUAAGAUGUUGAGGGAAAAUGGAAUGUGAAUGUUGAUUUCACAAAAAUCUUUUUUGCAGAAUUUUCAAAUUAUCAUGUCAAAUAAUGGCAUCACUGUAACGUGGCUCCAGAUAAGUGGUUUAAUCUGAUAUUGGUGUGGAGACUCCUGGAAAUUAAAUAUGAAAUGAAUGUGGUCAUUAAAUAAAUAGUCUAUUUUAUGAUGAAAAGCACAAUGGAUUCUUAAGGAGCGGAGGAAAGAUGGCCCAAUACACAAAUAUGUCCUUUGUAAAAAUGACUUUCUCUGAUGUGUGUAUGUAUGCGGAUUGUUUGAUGAUUCCUUAGCUGGUUGGGAAUGAGACCAACUUUUUUUGCUUGUUUUCUUUCUGAUAAUCACUUGAAAUCACUGUUUAUUGUGUACCUAAUGUUUGCCAAAUGGGGGAAAAAAAUAAAAGGCCUUUUUUUUUA